GGUCCAUGCCGUCGUAGAGAGAGACAGAGCGAGCCAGGUUCCUUGGAAACUGUAUCCAAAUCCAUUAUUAUUAAAACAAAUCAAAAUCGAGACGAAAUCUCGGCGAUUUGCUUGCUUCCUUCUUCUUCUUCUUCUCCUCCCAAAUUCGCCACCUCUCCUCCUCCGACGACGAUCCCUUCCCCGACGCGACGGCGAGCUUCUCUCUCAUUCUCGCGGUGAAAGAGGAGCGGAGAUCCGUCCGGGGCUCUGACUUCUGAGGCGGUUUCGGUUUUUGGGGGGGGGGGGGGGGGGAGCGGCGACCGGGCCCCCAUGCCGCACGUGCAGUCUGCCCCCGCGGCGGGGAUGUCGGCGGCGUCGGCGCCCGCGCCCGCGCCGCGGAGGUGGGAGGGGGUGGACCUGGCGCUGGAGCGGAUGGUGCUCAGGGCGUGCCUCGACCAGGCCCCCGACCGCCGCCGCGUCCGCGAGGCCUUCAAGGACGUGCAGCUCAGCAUCGACCACUGCCUCUUCAAGGGACAGUAUAGCGAUAUUGGAACAAAGGAGUCGUAUGAGAAAAACUCCAGGGGUGUGGAGAUUUUCUCAAAAUGUUGGUAUCCAGAGAAGCAUCGUAUGAAAGCAAUUGUUUGUCUCUGCCAUGGUUAUGGAGAUACCUGUACCUUUUUUCUCGAUGGUAUCGCUAGGAAGAUUGCUUCAGCUGGAUAUAGGGUGUUUGCAUUGGAUUACCCUGGUUUUGGUCUAUCAGAAGGACUUCAUGGAUAUAUACCAAGUUUUGACACUCUUGUUGAUGAUGUUGCAGAACAUUUUACUAAGGUCAAAGAAAAUCCUGAACAUAGAGCUCUUCCAAGCUUUCUGUUUGGUCAAUCUAUGGGUGGCGCAGUUGCGUUGAAGAUUCAUUUUAAGCAACCAAAUGAAUGGGAUGGUGCAAUACUAGUUGCACCCAUGUGCAAGAUUGCAGAUGAUGUGAUUCCACCUUGGCCUGUUCAACAAGUCCUAAUUUUUAUGGCUAGACUUCUUCCAAAAGAGAAGCUUGUUCCACAAAAAGAUUUAGCAGAGUUGGCUUUCAAGGAGAAGAACAAACAGGAGCAGUGUUCUUAUAAUGUGAUUGCCUACAAGGAUAAACCACGACUCAGAACAGCUUUGGAGAUGCUGAACACCACAAAGGAAAUUGAGAGUCGUUUGGAGGAGGUUUCUCUGCCUAUUAUCAUUUUGCAUGGUGAGGGUGACUUGGUUACAGACCCAGCUGUGAGUAAAGAGCUCUAUGAUAAAGCGAAGAGCUCAGACAAGACGCUUCGCCUUUAUAAAGAAGCAUAUCAUGCUAUAUUGGAAGGUGAACCAGACGAGACAAUUUUUCAAGUUCUCGAUGAUAUAAUUUCUUGGCUGGAUCAACGUUCGACAAAGAAAGCUCCAUUGUCAUAAACUGGACAACCGGCAUUGGAAUUUCUUUUCUACUGAUGUAUCUGUCGUUGCCGUUGAUCCUAGAUCCAACAGUUGCAACCUCCAUUUUGGCCCCAGCACUAUCAUGUUCCUUUGCUGAUUGCAAACGUGUCUGUUGCUCAUCAAGCUAUGUACAUAACUGGCCGAUGUGUAUUUAUCCAUCGCAUUUUGUUUAAACUGAGAUAACUAAUUCGUAAUAAGCUCAAAUGUUUUUCUUUCUCAUUAUGUAAUAUAAUUGAGAUUUAAUUGACAUAUGUUGGGUUAGAAUCAGAAGUGGUAUGUACUGUGCGCUGAGAACCAAUUACUCUUGUCCCUCCGUCACAUAAUUUAACAUAUGAUAUGUCUUGAUUAUUG